CGGGGCUUGGCAGCCGCGGCGACCAUCCGGAGGAGAAAGAACAUGGCGGGUACGGCAGGACCCGGCACCGGCCUGGGGGCAGCGGGCGGAGAUGGAGACGAUUCGCUCUAUCCCAUCGCGGUUUUAAUCGAUGAACUCCGCAAUGAGGACGUGCAGCUCCGACUCAACAGUAUUAAGAAGUUAUCAACAAUUGCUCUAGCACUUGGAGUAGAGAGGACAAGAACUGAACUGCUGCCAUUCCUUACAGAUACAAUUUAUGAUGAAGAUGAGGUGCUGUUAGCUCUGGCUGAGCAGCUGGGAAAUUUCACCGGCCUAGUGGGGGGACCUGACUUUGCCCACUGUCUGCUGCCUCCCUUGGAAAGUCUGGCAACUGUGGAAGAGACUGUUGUUCGCGACAAGGCGGUGGAGUCCCUGAGGCAGAUCUCCCAGGAGCACACCCCACUUGCUCUGGAAGCUCAUUUUGUCCCACUGGUGAAACGCCUAGCAAGUGGGGACUGGUUCACCUCUCGCACAUCUGCAUGUGGUCUGUUCAGCGUUUGCUAUCCCAGGGCUUCACAUGCUAUCAAGGCUGAGAUUAGACAGCAUUUCCGUUCCUUGUGCUCAGAUGAUACCCCUAUGGUACGGCGUGCCGCUGCCUCCAAAUUGGGGGAAUUUGCGAAAGUUUUGGAAUUAGACAGUGUGAAAAGUGAAAUUGUUCCAUUGUUCACUACUCUGGCUUCAGAUGAACAGGAUUCAGUGCGCCUCCUAGCUGUGGAAGCUUGUGUCAGUAUAGCCCAGUUACUGUCUCAGGAUGACCUGGAAUCCAUGGUGAUGCCUACACUUCGACAAGCAGCGGAAGAUAAAUCUUGGCGUGUUCGUUACAUGGUAGCUGACAAAUUUUCAGAGCUGCAGAGAGCUGUGGGUCCUAACAUCACCCUGCACGACCUCAUCCCCGCCUUUCAGAACCUAGUUAAAGAUUGUGAAGCCGAAGUCCGAGCAGCUGCUGCCCACAAAGUAAAAGAACUUUGUGAGAACUUGCCCAUUGAAGGUAGAGAGACCAUAAUUAUGAAUCAAAUCCUGCCCUAUAUAAAGGAAUUAGUAUCUGAUACCAAUCAGCAUGUCAAAUCAGCUCUAGCUUCAGUAAUUAUGGGAUUGUCUACAAUUUUGGGCAAAGAAAAUACCAUUGAACAUCUUCUACCUCUUUUUUUAGCUCAGUUAAAGGAUGAGUGUCCUGAAGUUCGUUUGAAUAUUAUCUCCAAUUUGGAUUGUGUAAAUGAGGUGAUUGGAAUCCGUCAGCUUUCACAGUCUCUCCUUCCAGCCAUAGUGGAACUGGCUGAAGAUGCUAAGUGGAGGGUCCGAUUGGCCAUCAUUGAGUAUAUGCCACUGUUGGCUGGUCAGCUGGGUGUGGAAUUCUUUGAUGAAAAGCUGAAUUCUUUGUGUAUGGCCUGGCUUGUGGACCAUGUAUAUGCCAUCCGGGAAGCUGCCACCAACAACCUCAUGAAGCUUGUUCAGAAGUUUGGCACAGAGUGGGCCCAAAAUACCAUUGUUCCCAAAGUGUUAGUAAUGGCAAAUGAUCCGAACUACUUGCAUAGGAUGACGACACUGUUCUGCAUUAAUGCACUGUCUGAAGCCUGUGGUCAGGAAAUAACUACUAAGCAAAUGUUGCCCAUUGUAUUAAAAAUGGCAGGAGACCAAGUAGCAAAUGUCCGUUUCAAUGUGGCCAAAUCUCUACAAAAAAUUGGACCAAUUCUAGAUACCGAUGCUUUGCAGGGGGAGGUUAAGCCAGUACUGCAGAAGUUAGGUCAAGAUGAAGACAUGGAUGUCAAGUACUUUGCACAGGAAGCUAUCAGUGUUCUUGCGUUGGCAUAAUGAGGAACAGCAGGGAAAAGCCUUUAUUCAAUUUUUACCACAGAUUAUUAGUCAAUAUGUUCUUAAACUGGGUGGAGAAAAAAGGAAAACCUUGAAGAUCUCAUCCAAGCAAAUGGCAGCAACUUGGACGAAAUUCAGUGACUUGAUUCUUUCUAAAGAUGAAGUGGGAUUGUUUUUUCCUCCUCUUGCUUGUGGGGAUCCAUGUUUAAGCUGUGCUUCUAGACCAAUUCCUGACACUCAGCGCCAUCGUCUCUGUUGUCUCCUGAGCAUCUGGGAUCCUGCGUCCUCAGUGUGUGAUCAGGCCCUGCACGCCGGGUAAUCCAGGGCCCGGAUACCUUAGGGCUGGUCAUGGAGUGCAGUGAUUUUCUUGAUGUUUACAUUUAUCUGUGUGUGAAUCUGUCAUACCAAAGUUAAACACACAUGGUUUAGAAUAACUUAGUGAACUGUGUUUGGGAGACAUAUUGAGAGCUGACUGGAGAGAAAGCCUAGUUUUCCUGGAUUAUGUUGGUCUGGUUCUGUUACCUACGUGAAAGGGGAAUGCGGACGCUCAGGGUGGGGAUACUGCUGGUUUUGUCUUUUAUUUGCUCAGUUUUGACUGUAAUCAUGUCAUUAAGAUGCCUCAAAUAUGGAUAUAUCUUUUUGCUAAAGCGUGAUGUUGAAACCUAAGUGAGUUUUAAGGGUUCGCCACUGACUGCAUUCAAACAUC